CAGUUUUUAAGAUUCUCUUUCAAUUAUAAAAGCACGAAAUUUCUACUUCUGAAGCAUAGCUACUGAAACCUUCAAGAUACUAAUACGAAGUCUAAUAUCUCCAUUCCUUUAAUUUUCAAUUUUUAAUUUUCAGUUUCUUAAUUUAUUAAAAAAAGUUUGUAAGAUGAAAAUUACUGCAGCAAAAGGCAGAGUAAUUAUGUUUGCUGUCGGAAUUUGUGGAUGUGUUGCAACUGGUUUCGGAACUCUUCUUCUCGGAUUUUUUGAACAAAUCUUCCGUUUCUUCUUGAAAAAAGAAUUGACACUUAUGCCAGGAACUGAAUUCUAUGAAAUCUGGAGAGAGUUGCCCAUUCCGAUUUAUCAAAAGAUUUAUAUCUUUAACAUCACCAAUCCUGAAGAAUUCACUAUGAAAGGGGACAAACCCAUCUUACAAGAACUAGGGCCUUACGUAUUUCGAGGAAGAUGGCUGAAAGAAGAUAUGGAAUGGAAUGAGGAUGAUGGGACAGUAACCUAUAAAGACGUCAAGGAAUAUGUUUUUGUACCUGAACUUUCAUUUGGAGAUCAAGAGGAGAAAAUAUACACGCUGAACGGCCCUCUUCUAGCUGUCAUUAAUUAUGUCGAAGAUUUUGCUCCUUUCAUUUUGCGUGGAUUCAUCGUAGAACUGAUGAAUGGGAUCUUCGAGAGUUACAAUGAAACUUUACUUAUCCACAAAACAGUCCGAGAAAUUGUGUAUGAAGGAUAUCACGAGCCAAUGGUUGCAGAUCUUACAAAAGUCGUGGAAGGAUUCAUUACAUUACCGCUCAAGCUUAUCAACGACACUUUUGGCAUUUUGCAUGAGAGGAAACAUGUUGGUGACGGCUACUUCAGAAUUAAGUCUGGACUCGAUGGAAUUGAUGAUUAUGCCUCCAUCCAAGAAUGGAAUAAUCAAAGUUCAGUAGACUGGUGGGAUGAUAAAUACUGCAACCAAAUCAACGGAACAGACGGCGUACAGUAUGCUCCAGGUGUUACAAGGAAUCAAACUUUGAAGCUUUUCAAUCCUAACUUAUGCAGAUCAAUACCUUUGAAAUAUGAGAAAGACAUUACAGUUCACGGAAUCAAGACUCUACGAUUCGGGAUGCCAGCUAGUGCUUUUUUCUCCGGAGAUAUUAAUCCUGACAACAAAUGCUAUUGCCAGGGCCCCAACUGUCAUUCUGGCAUAAUUCCGAUGAACUGCAAAAAAGGUGCUCCAUACGUCAUAUCAUUGCCCCAUUUGCUACAUUGUGAUAAGGAGCUUCAGACUGCCGUUGAAGGCGUGCAUCCUUCUGAAGCGAAGCAUAAAACAUAUCUUGAUAUUGAGCCAAAUACAGGCUUUGUAUUGAAUGCUGCUUUUAAAAUUCAACUAAAUGGUGUUACAAGAAGAUUGCCAGAAUAUAUACCCUUACAGAAUGUAUCUGAACAUAUUGUUCCUGUACUUUGGAUGAGCGAGGAAGCCCAGCUGGAUGCAUAUUUUGCGAAUUAUUUCAAAUCUCGUGUGCAGACUCCACUUAUAGUCUUUAAAGUGAUAUGUAUAGCAUCUAUAGCUACUGGUGCAGUCUGGGUGACAUUUGCUGUAUUCUUCUUUAUAUGUAUCAAAGCUAAGUACAAGCCUGACGCCAUUAAAGGUUCCUUGGUUUUGAAAACAUUAAACAACGUAUAUACAAGUGUUGCCUUGUGGCCACCUGCAGAAGAGGAAAUCAAAGAAGCAAAUAUCAGCGAGAAAACGUACUUAUGAGGUUUUGAAAGCAGCGUCACUCGUCAUUAAUUUCAUCUCAUGCUGCCAAAGAUUUGGAGUGAGGAGCAUUUUAUCCAGUCAUAACUUCAUUGAUAAUCAUUUUAUUUAAAUACCAAUUGUAGCACCUUCAUUCACAUCAGCUCAUAUUUUCGCAUUUUUCUCAUCAAGAGAUGUCAUCUAAAUCUGACGACAAAGUCAGUUGCUUAUCUUCAUGAACUUUGACGUCUAGUCCAUAUUCCGUUGGACAACAUGAGUUUGAAGAUAUGAAUUUAUUUAUGGCAUUCAAAGAGGCAAUGGCUAAAUUGUCUCUGGGUUUGAAGUGCCUUGCUAAUGCCAAAAGAACAAAACAUUCCCAGCGACUAUUAUCUCUGGACAAUAUCUCUGAACUGUGCUAUAGAUUAAGCAUAGUAGUAGUUUGAAUAACUGUGAUUUUCGUUUCUGUACUUUUUCCUGAAGUUACAAGUAGUCAUUUAAAUCAGUUUUCACUAUGAAAGAAAUAUGACACUAAAAUUCUAAAAAAAGAUUCGCUGAGGAAUUUACUAAAUGAGUAACUUCAAGUUUUGUAUUCGUUAUGGCAACCGCAGACGGAAAUGUCUUCGUUAAAGCCUAAAGAGGAAAAUGUGACCGAUUUUUUAGCUUUCAUUAAUUUCUUUGUAAAAUAUGAAAGGAUUUGCAUGUUAUAUGAUUUUUGAAUUUUACAGCAUGAGGCAAGAUCAGUGUAAGAACGAAAUAGGAGAAACUCGACACUUAAAAACGUACAUAGCAAUCUUUAUAUCAAUAAAUUACACAGUAUUUAUUGCAAAUGUUAUUUAAAUUCCCUCAAUUAAUGCCUGUCGAUAAAUACAAUGAAUUCUUUAAAAAUUUAAUUAAUUUGCUUCAUGGUAGUUAAAAUUCCGUUUUCAACUACUUUACAUAUAAAAUGCAACUUGAUGUUGUUUUUAUACACACAACACGAUACAUACUUUUUUUAUUAAUCCCACUUAAUACAAAUUUACAAAAUUAAGCGAAAAAUAUAUUUUAAAUCUCCCAUUCCUUUUCUAGAUCUUGAAAGCUCAUUAUACACAAAAUGAAAAGCAAAGAAAUUAAUAGACUUUCGUUAACUUGAGAAAACAAUCUAUCCAGUAUUUUAAUUAUUCAACUAGAAGUCGGUAAUAGAAGGGGAUUGUGUUCUGGUAUAAAAAUAAUCUUUCAAAUUAUACAAUAAAAAUAUUUUUAUAAUUAACUGAUAAAAGAAAAAUAUAAAUCACAGGAAAAUACAAUAAUGAUAAAAAGAUCUGCUAGUAUUCGAGCUUCCUGUAGUUUAAAUGGUUCCAAAAGAGUAAUCUGAACUACUAAAAGCUGAAAACUAAUAAAAAUUAAGAUCGAAAAGUAUCAGAAGUAUAAAAAAUAAUGCAGAAUUCGAAUUAAAUUACUAUAAGUUAUAAAUUUUUAGAUCCAAUUUUUUUUUUCAUUAAAUAGAGUACAUAAAAUGUGCAAUACUUAUUUGCCACGUAGAAAUUAGUGAAAAUUAUCAUUGUUUUCUACUGUACAGAUAACUGCAUAUUAAAACAGAAUUGCUCAUUAAUAGAAUAAGUCCAAGUCAUGAGUAACUUAAAACCUGUGUCUAACUUUCAGUCAACUAAUAUAUAACGCAUGAAAAAGCUGCAUUUUUCCCCCAGUUACCAUUAUUAGAGUACCUUAAAGCUUCCUAAUCUUGAAGAGAAAGUACAAAAGUAGAAUAGCAUUUAAAUAUCUUCCAAAUCGCGCAUUUAGAGUAAACAAUAGCAAAUUGUUAACAGACAUUUGGUUCACUCAAAUGCGUCAUUACAGUAUCAAAUAAUGUGUUUUAAUGAAAUAAUUUUCUUUUUGUUUUCAAUCAAGUUUUUUAAAGUAUAUUUUUCUAAAGCAGAUUGUGUAUAUACUAUUAUUAUAAAUGUUUCAUAAAAAUUAAAUAUUAGGGAAAUUUUUCAAAUUUUUUGUGUCGAUAUAUGAUGAAUCAAGGAGCUAAUUUAUAAUAUUGUGAUUUCGUAAAUUACUACGGAGACGUAUUUUUGAUAAAUAUAAUUCAAAUAACUAUUUUUGUAACAUAUUUUCUAUACUUUGUAUAUUUGGUCUCAUAUUUCUGAAGUUGUGUAUUUUUGAAAGCCAGUAUUCAUUUGUCAUGUAUUAAAUGUUUGUAAAAUAAAUUAUGGUUAAAUACUUUA